CUCUUGAACUCAUUAGCCAAUCAGGUUCUGAAGACACUUCCCAAGGCGACUUCCUGUCUCUCCACUUUCCCUCUCCGUUUUGGUGGGCUGGUUGAAGAUGAAAUCCACUGAGGCGGGAAGUCCAGCACCGUGUGUGCCAGUCCAGAACUGGCCCAUCUGUAGACCCCCUGAAAGUCAUAUGGGCCUGCCGGGCGCGGUGGCUCACGCCUGUAAUCCCAGCACUUUGGGAGGCUGAGGCGGGCGGAUCACGAGGUCAGGAGAUCGAGACCAUGGUGAAACCCCGUCUCUACUAAAAAUACAAAAAAAUUAGCCGGGCGUGGUGGCGGGCGCCUGUAGUCCCAGCUACUCGGAGAGGCUGAGGCAGGAGAAUGGUGUGAACCCGGGAGGCGGAGCUUGCAUUGAGCCGACAUUGCGCCACUGCACUCCAGCCUGGGCGACAGAGCGAGAUUCCGUCUCAAAAAAAAAAAAAAAAAAAAAGAAAAUCAUAUGGGCUUGGAUUUGGAUAUUCUCAACAGAAAGGGUUAAAGGCUGAUGGUACCUAAAGCCUGGUGCUUGAAUUUUGAUCAAGAUAAGCUGCCUUAAGUUCUCUUAAUUACACAUAUGUGUGUCUUUUCUAUCUAAAAAGCCUAGCUUAGAGAUUCUUUGAGUUACCAUUGUAUCCUAUAAUGCUAGGUGGCACCGAGUAAAUUGGAAUAGAGUCAAAAGGAAUGGUAAUGAAAUCUUAACACAAGUAUCUGCUGAUUUAGUAUCAAUUUGUAGUUUGUAUUAGGCCUUCAUGAAGCAUCUGUUCACACCUAUAAAAUGCACCUUUUGGCUAUGAACACUAGUACUUUGAAGUGAUUAUUGCCCACAGUCAACAAAAUGCUGGGAUCAUUGAUUGUUUAUGGAGCAUUUGCAAAAUACUUAGUAAAUAUGAAAUGUCCUUUGUAUGGUGGAAUGACACUUGUUGAAGCAUGCAUGACUUAGAAUCCUGCAGGGAGCAUCACACAUUGGGAAAGGUAUCACAUAUUUCACAUAUUUAACAUCAGGAUUUAUGUGCCAGGCUUUGUGCUAUGUGUCAAAACAAAAAGACCAGGCCUCUUGCAAUCUGAGUUUUGUUUGUGAGUUGAGAUUAAUAGAGAAGUUGUUCCUUUCAACCUAUAAUUAUUAUCCUGUAAGAAUACUUAGAUCAAGUAGUUUUUAAUUUCCUUUUUAAAAAAAUUUAUUUUAGGUUUGGAGAGAUCAAGGAGUUUUAAGGUAGACAUUGUUAAAACUGGAGAAACCUUUCACACCAUGUCUUGCUUCUUGUCUACAUUCUCUUAGUUAACCUUGCAUCCUGCUGAUCUGAAAACAUUUUACAUAGUUAAAGCAUUGUAGAAAUAUAGGGCAAGGAAGAAGUAAAAUAACAUUUUGAUCAUAUCUGUCUGAGAUAUUUAAAAUGCUUCAGUUUCUUUCCAACCUACUGAGCUAGCAUGUCACUGCAUUACAUUUUAAAGCAAACCAUCUUCUUUAGCUCUGCUUAUUUCCUGUACGAAGUACCAUGGUGGAUUGAAGAGUAUGGAGUUUUGAUGGAAUUGAAUUUAAAUCCUAGCUCUUACUAGUUAGGUGACCUUAAGAAAUUUAUGUAAUUUUUCUGAGCCUCAAUUUUCCUGUAAAUAGGGGGUUGUAAAAUGUAAAUGAUACAAAUUCUAUACUGCUUGACAGAUAGGAUUUCUAAAGAAUGAUAACCACUGCUUUCUUAUCUGUCAGCUUAUUUUAGACUCAUUCUUAAAGGCACUGAUGUCCAAUGGAGGCUUCUGUUAUGAUGGAAAUGCUCUAUGUUUGUACUGCCAAUAUAGCUAUUGAGUAAUGAAAAUGUGACUAAGAAAUGAUCCUAGGUAAUUGAUAGAUCCUGUGGUUCAACUGGAUUUCUAGAUAGAAGCUGGAUUCAUGUGAUGCCAGAGGAGUAAAAUUUCAAGAGACUGAAACCAGAUCUGAGUUUUGCUGUUCCAGCCUGGAUCUCUUUGGUGCUGUAAAUCCUGGAUAUACAGUAGAUGAGUACUGCGUUUUUCUUUUAUGGACUCUCUUCAGCUUCUGGAGACCUCACUAUCCUCUUAUGUCUUUGUGUGAAGACAUGCUGCUUUGUAAUUAUCGAAAGUGUCGCAUCAAACUCUCUGGCUAUGCAUGGGUCACUGCCUGCUCUCACAUCUUCUGUGAUCAGCAUGGCAGUGGUGAGUUUAGUCGCUCACCAGCUCUCUGUCCUGCCUGCAACAGUACCCUUUCUGGAAAGCUAGAUAUUGUCCGCACAGAACUCAGUCCAUCAGAGGAAUAUAAAGCUAUGGUAUUGGCAGGACUGCGACCAGAGAUCGUAUUGGAUAUUAGCUCCCGAGCACUGGCCUUCUGGACAUAUCAGGUACAUCAGGAACGUCUCUAUCAAGAAUACAAUUUCAGCAAGGCUGAGGGCCAUCUGAAACAGAUGGAGAAGAUAUAUACUCAGCAAAUACAAAGCAAGGAUGUAGAAUUGACCUCUAUGAAAGGAGAGAUCACCUCCAUGAAGAAAGUACUAGAAGAAUACAAGAAAAAGUUCAGUGACAUCUCUGAGAAACUUAUGGAGCGCAAUCGUCAGUAUCAAAAGCUCCAAGGCCUCUAUGAUAGCCUUAGGCUACGAAACAUCACUAUUGCUAACCAUGAAGGCACCCUUGAACCGUCCAUGAUUGCACAGUCUGGUGUUCUUGGCUUCCCAUUAGGUAACAACUCCAAGUUUCCUUUGGAUAAUACACCUGUUCGAAAUCGGGGCGAUGGAGAUGGAGAUUUUCAGUUCAGACCAUUUUUUGCGGGUUCUCCCACAGCACCUGAGCCCAGCAACAGCUUUUUUAGUUUUGUCUCUCCAAGUGGUGAAUUAGAGCAGCAGCAAGUUUCUAGCAGGGCCUUCAAAGUAAAAAGAAUUUGAGCCACGCAUGGUGUCACACACCUGUGAUCCCAGCUACUUAGGAGGUUGAGGCUGGGAGGAUCACUUGAGCCCAGGAGUCUGAGGCUAUAGUGAUCUAAGAUCAUGCCACUGCACUCCAGCCUGGGCAACAGAGUGAGACCCUGUUUCUACAAAAAAAAUAAAGAUAAUUUAGCUAACUUUACAGAAUGUUUCUAUGUUCAUCUUUAGUGAUUUCAUUUAGCAAAUCUUUUUUCUAGAUAGGACUCCCCAGCUUCCCUAUGCUUUUAAGUCUCUGAAGUUGUUUUCACAUUAUCAACAUAACAAACACAUUGGCAGUGGAGAGUGGUUUAUAGUCUGGUUUCUUUGUUUCCAUUAUUUAAAGCAUAAGCAUUUUAUUAAUCUCAAUUCCAUUGUGAACUGCUGAAUUUUCAUCCCUAGUGUGAGAAGGUCACAAUAGUAUUUGUUUCAAUAGAUAACUGUUUCUCCCUGGGCUGUUUCUGACUGAGCUGUGUUGUUUAUGCCUUAAGUACCUGUGUUAUAUGCUACAUGUUGCUUUGAAUUCUGGUAUUUAUGCAUAUCUGUAUAUGUAAGUAUGUUAAUGUACACUGAAUUUUUUGCUGUAUUUGCCAGUAUGUUUAUAUGAAAAUUUUGGUCUUGAAAAAUGGUGGGUGAUGUGUGGUUUGUUAUUUGGGUAUGUGUAUUUAUUUGUAUAUAUUUAUGUAUUUACCUUCAUAUUAACUUGUUUGGAGGUGUGCUUAUGUCAGUGAAUGAGAGUACAAUUUGAUGCAUGUAUGUUCAGUCCCUAUUUGUAUUUAAAAGUAACUCACGUUGAUGAAGUUAUUUUUUAAAGUUAAUUUUUUUGGCGUUUACAGUUGGCCCUCUGUAUCCAUAGGUUCUGCUUCUGCAGAUUCAGCCAACCAUAUAUCAAAAAUAUUUGAGAAAAAAUAAAAAUAAUAACAAUAAAAAAUACAAAUUAAAAACCAGUACUAUAUAACAACUAUUUGGAUAGCAUUUACAUUGUAGGUAUUAUAAAUAAUUUAGAGGUGAUUUAAAGUAUUUGGGAGAAUCUGUAGGUUAUAUGCAACUACCAUGCCAUUUUUUAAAAGUGACCUGAGCAUCCAAGGAUUUUGGUAUCCGUGAGGGUUCCUGGAACCAGUCCCCUAAAGAUACCAAAGGAAGACUAUAUUUUAAAAUAAAGCUACUUCUUUACCUUUUUGUCAACUGUUGCCUUGGGUUUACUUAUUUAGGAAUGCACUUCUGCAGAAAGUUUACCAAUGUGUUAUUGAUCUCAAGAGACUACAUUAAAAUAAUUUAAAAGA